AUGCCCUUGGCAUGCCUCUGUGGCACACUUGGUGCCCAUCACUCAGGGUUGCUGAUCGCACUCCUGGUUCUGGCCUUCAGCAGCAGCUCAACACAGCUAACGCGUGCGGCCGUGUUGAACAACUACGAUGCGCCUCUGUACCUGUCUUGCCCGGGAAAUCAAGGAAUCGUCAGCGUGGCUUCGUGGCACAGCAACCACGCUGAGGAUCGCGUAUGGUCGUUCGGUUGUGCCAAGGUCGGGUAUUCUUUGUCCGGCUACACGUGGACGGGCUACUUGAACAAUUUGGAUGGACCCCUGAGCUACUCCUGUGGUGGCAACCGGGUGAUAACUGGCAUCAAAUCGUACCAUGACGACGGGACGGAGGACCGAGUAUGGGCGGUUCAAUGCGGUGACCUCAAUGGAGCCACACUCACCAACUGCGCCUUUGGACCCCAAGCCAACGGAUACGACGCUCCCAUCGAUGUGAAGGCUGGCGACUACUCCGUCAUCACAGGCAUUCAGAGCACACACGACAAUGGCGCAGGUAAGGUACCAGUCACGACCUGA